CGAGGACGCUAAGCCCACAAGGUUUUGUGGCCAGAGAAGCUCGGAUUCCUGAAAAGGAGGGGACAGAGGGCCUGAGUGCUUCCCAGUGGGGGGUGGGGGGGGACCCGGGUCCGGGAUCUUAGACCAGAUGAUCUUAAAGGCCCCUUCUGAGUAAAACUGGAGGUCGUGUUUACUCGGAGUCUAAAUCACUGGGAGCUUUGAGAGUGUCCUGGGCAGUUCCCUUUCCGGAGCUGUCGUGUGACAGCGUCAGGACCCUUACCUGGCUCCUUGGGUCAACUGGUCGGGCAGCUCGGGCGUGGGUAAAGUACGCGAUCUGGUGAACAACAACAACGUUGUUUACGUUCCCUUUUUCUGAAAAGUCACGAGCCACCGGCAAGUGAGGAAAUGAAAGUGAAAUCAGCUGAUGUGACACCAGUCGGCGGCAUCAGUGCCCUGACCUUCAGCGAGCUGUUUACUUGGGCACAACUGCAAGCGCGAGCGGGCGGGAACCCCGGGCCGGCCUCCGGCCGCCCUUCCCCUCUCCACCGGCCUCGGCUCCGUCUCCGGAGCCUGGCGUUAGGAAGCCAGCGAGAAAGGAGACUCCGCCAAACCUGACUCCCUGCCCGUCCUCUUUACGAGCGCCUGUGCGUUCUGCCUCUUGUUCGUGCCCCGGAAGGCGGCCCUGCAAAAGGGCAGGAGACGAUGACCGUCCUAAGGCCAAGGCGGGGCAAGCAGCUGCUGUUCCUGGGCAUCAUGACAGUCACGGUGGCGGUCAUCUUCCUGCUGUUCUACGCUCUCCUCUGGAAGGCCGGCAACCUCGUGGACUCACCCAACCUCAGAAUCGGCUUCUACAACUUCUGCCUGUGGAACGAGGGCACCGGCUCCCUCCAGUGCCGCCAGUUCCCGGAGCUGGAGGCCCUGGGGGUGCCGCGGGUCGGCCUGGCCCUGGCCAGGCUCGGUGUGUACGGGGCCCUGGUCUUCACUCUCUUCGUCCCCCUGCCCCUCUUCCUGGCCUGGUGCAACAGUAACGAGGCAGAGUGGCGGCUGGCAGGGGGCUUCCUGGCGACGUCCUCCAUGCUGCUGGCCAGCGGCCUGGGCCUCUUCCUCACCUACACGUGGAAGUGGAUCCGGCUCUCCCUCCUGGAGCCUGGGUUUCUGGCUCUGGGCACUGCCCAGGCCUUACUCCUCCUCUUGCUUAUGGCCACGUGUGUGUUCCCUCAGAGAGCAGAGGACAAGGUCAAGCUUGACAGCUGCUAGUUCUGUCGAGAGGCUCACGAUGGCAAGAGUUCAGUUUGAACUAUGCUCAGAGAAGGUGCCAGAAAACUCAUGGGCUGGCAUGUCUUCUCAGCCUGUUUCAUAGCAAAUGCCGGCCUCAAGCUCUGGCAGAUGGGACCCACCGCGGAGGAGGUGGGGUACCCAGUGCCGAGAAGGCCAAGGGCGCAGCAGUGGCAGCCGCGGUACCUGCGGCUUGUUAGCGUGGGGCUGUCCAUCCUUUGGGACUUCCGAGGUUCCCAAGGACACACCACAAAAAGCUCAUUGUCACGAGGACUCCUUUAACUGACAUUAGGAUUCCCAUCACGAGGCCUGAUUUCUAGGAUAAUUAGCCACAUGUCACACUGGAACCCAGUGAAGGUUCAUGGCAACAAAGGGGGGACGUUAUGAGAGAGUGCACCUCAGCCUCCCUGGGGCCCUGGUUAGCAGGCUCCCCCUCCCCACGGUGGGUGUGAAGUGAUGAGCCCGUCUCCCAAAGGCCCACGAGUGAUCCCUGAGGGAGUCACUAAAGACAGAACACGUGGGCACAAAGACAAGCCUUGGUGGCUUUGAAGGUUCUCCCGAAGUCUCCCAGACCUGAAGCCAGACAGAGCAGGGGCGUCAGCUGGCAAAUCGUUCCCAGCACGUGACCUGGGAGUUGGGAACACAAAACGCCAAAUCCCUGGGCAGGAGGAAGGUGAAAAGAACUGAGGGGUUUCCAUACAGAUGUCGAGGCCUUCACUUCUCCACCCAGAAUUGGAAAGGACAUAAACACAGCUCACACACUGGGGAACCGUUUGUAUUUUUCAGCACCUAUAUAUUGGAAAACCUAUACAGCAAAUGACUGCCUUAUUCUGUGCCUGUCAAAAACCACACUGAAUAGAGUCAGAAGCACGGA